AUGACAGAGAAAAGCGCAUCCGAGAAGACUGCCAAGUCUAAAGGCGACGCAGGGAGGGAUGCGCGCGCAAAGGACUCGCCAGCAGCAUCUGCGGUCAAGUCCGAAACCACUGGCUCCGGCAGUCACUCCAGUCCUAAGAAGCGUCGCAAGGUCAAUCAUGGUGAGUUGUCGUUCGCGCGCGCAUGCGACAGGGAUUCGUCAUCCUCCAAUCCCCCUCCUGCGCUUCUCCGUGGGAGUGAUCGGGUGGGGAGAGAGAAGACCCGAAGAGGAAGAAGUACCUGGGCUAACGAGAUGAAUCCCCUUCAACAGCCUGUGUCUACUGUCGUCGCUCGGGAACCCACGAAACGCCGUGAUCAAGACGAUUCGACCGCGGACGAGCCAGCCUCGUCCAAUAAUGAUCUAGUCAACGUUUCAGGCAUGCCUCAAAAUGUUGACGUCUCGGAUGCUGCCGGCCAGCAAAUCCUCCCCGACGGUGCGAUGGGAAUGCCGCCUUCCACGUAA